AUGGAGGGUUUUCCUCCCCUCCUCCCUUCCCAGUCGUUCCCAGGUAACACCAACGCUGACAGCGUGGUGCAGCACGCUCUGCAGCAGCCCGUCCUGGCUCGCUACCUGCGCCUGGUCCCGCUGGAGUGGAACCCCAGCGGCCGCAUCGGGCUCCGGCUGGAGACGUACGGAUGUCCAUACGGGUCCGACGUGGUGGGCUUCGACGGCGCCAGCGGCCUCUCGUACCGCCCGGCCCCCGGGCUGACGCCGAGGGCCCAGGACCGCGUCUCCCUGAAGUUCAAGACCCUGCGGAGCUCCGGGACGCUGCUGCAGGCCCUGGGCGCCGCCCACAGCCUGACGCUGGAGCUGGAGCGGGGCCAGCUGCGGCUGCUGCUCCGCCGAGGCAGGAGGGGGUCCACGCCGCCCUCUGAGGCCCAGCGGCAGGCGUCCCUGGGAAGCCUCCUGGACGACCAGCACUGGCACCAUGUCACGCUGGAGCGGCGCCACGGCCACAUCAACCUCACGGUGGACAAGAGCACACUGCAGCUCCACGACCCCGCGGCGCUCAGCCGCUGGGAGUUUGAGCAGCUGAGUGUAGGAGCGGCCCCGGAGAGGAGCGUCCACAAAGGGCUGUCCGACGGCCACUUCCUGGGCUGCCUGGAGAACCUGCUCUACAACGACCUCAACCUGGUGGAGCUGCUCAAGCACAACAGCCCCCAAGUCACUGUACUGGGGAACGUGACGUUCUCCUGCCCGGAUCCAGCCGUGGUCGCCGUGACGUUCUCCAGCCCCCAGAGUUUCCUCCAGUUGCCGGGGGCGACGGCCUCGUGGCCAGGGGCCCUGUCGGCGGGGCUCCAGUUCAGGACGUGGAACCGGGCGGGGCUGCUGCUGACCUUCGAGAUCCCUCAGGGAGGGGGCGUGGUCUGGCUGUACCUGAGCGAGGCCAGGCUCCACCUCCAGGUCCACAAGGCCGGCAGGACUCUGGUGGAGCUGAGCACAGGUUCCGGUCUGAACGACGGGCAGUGGCAUUCUGUGCAGCUGGGUUCUGCACAGGGGCGUUUGACCAUCGCAGUGGACCAGGAGGAAGGAGAAACUGCCCAGGCUAGGCUCGCAUUUCCUGUCACUACAGGAAGUCACCUCUUCUUUGGCGGCUGCCCUGCCGAGGAGACCAAUCAGGAAUGUAGGAACCCCUUCAACGUAUUUCAGGGAUGCAUGCGGCUCCUGACUUUGGAAAAUCAGCUCAUCGACCUUAUUGUGGUGCAGCAAAGGCUCCUGGGAAACUACAGCCACCUAUAUAUUGACAUGUGUGGCAUCAUUGACAGGUAAGUGUUAAAGAAAGUAUUCAU